CUCUCAUCCCAAACCUCAUUGCCUCACAUUUACCCGUAUCUUGCUUUCCCUCUCAAGAUAAGAGAUCUCAUUCCAGAUCUAGUCGAUAUCAGCGAACUUUUUGCACGUGUGGUCGACAGUCUACUCGUACGCCGUCUCUCGACACCAUGAAGGUCUCAGCUGUCAUCCUGUCCUUCCUCACCGCCAGUGUCGCCUCGUCGAGAUCUCUCUUCACCGUCGGCGGCAAGCAAAAUGCCCUCGUCGAUGAGCCUGAAAACCCCGUCCCCGGCAAGAACCCAUUGAACUUCUGCGCCGAUCCAAAGGGCUAUAUUCUCGAAAUUGACUACGUUCAUCUCUCGCCCAACCCCCCCGUACCAGGAGAGAAAUUGACCAUCACUGCAAACGGAACUUUCCACAAAGACAUCGAGCCCGGCGCCACGGUUUUCCUCCAAGUCAAGUACGGCCUCAUCACCCUGAUCAAACAAGAAGCCGACCUGUGUGACAACUUGCCUCAAAUCGACAUGUCCUGCCCGAUCGAAGAGGGUGUCCUGACGUUGAAGAAAGAAGUCGAUAUCCCCAAGCAGGUACCACCUGGAAAGUAUACUGUUCUGGCCGAUGUCAAUACCGUCGAUAAGGAAAAGAUCACUUGUAUGGAGAGCACCGUGUUCUUCUCGAGACAGUAGUUGGGUUUGGUCUGGAGGAGCCAAACUCUCGGACAACAUUGGUCGACCAGGGAAGGUGGAUGGGGCGAGUUUUCCAUACACCGAUCGAAUAUGGCAUAUAUCAUUUCGUCGUUUGCUAGGCGUUUCCGGCACCUGGGUUAUUUGCUGGGAGCUUUUCGGGUCUCUACCCCUCAUAAGCAGUAACGUUUAGCCAGUGAGAUGUUCUGCGUCUUCAGGAUUAAUAAUGAUUGACUAUGCAGCCCAUACAAGGAGGCUUUGCAAAGACACGCCAAAAGAUUUCCUGUCCUUGACCUUCUCAUCUAGCAUUUCUUUAUGUGAUUACCUCGUGUACGAGUGCUGUCCACCCAUGAAUUGCA